GCCUGCACCCGUCGCCAGCGAGCUGACGCGUUUUGUCGCAAUUUUUAAACUUGGAACUACAUAUUUUGAAAGUGGAAUAAUAAAAAAAAACUAUUUUGAGAGUUGAUUUAUAAAAAAGUUUGAAACUAUUUCAAAAGUGGAAUAAUAGAAAACUUUAAAAGUUUUUCGAAAAUGAAAUAUUAGUGCAUGAUGUUGUCUCUGGAUUCCCUGUGGUGCCCCGAGGGGAACUUGACGACGUUGAAGACGAAGCCCGAGAGGGACAGGUUCAAACGACGGACCUCCAAGAGUCUCAUCCCUGAGGCGUUGCUUCAUGCGUUGCCGGAGACCCAUCGGACUCACCGACAACGGAGGUCGGGGACUUGGCCACGUACGCGAUCCCUGAACGCCCCUUCCCCGAUACAACAGUUUGGGCCAUGCGGCAGAAUAAUGAAAAACUCCGCGAUGGUAAUGCAGAUCCAGGACCCGGCGUCGCAGCGGCUGACGUGGUACAAGCCGCCGCUGACAGUGCUCGUCAUCAAGAAGGUCCACGACGCCACCAUCCUCGCGCCCUUCGUGCAACUCGUUCACUGGCUUGUGCACGAGAAGAGCAUGGUGGUAUUCGUCGAAGCGGCGGUGUUAGAUGACACGUUGCUGGGAGAGUACGGCGACUUCACCGCGGUGAAAGAGCGGCUCAUGACGUUCCGCGCCGGCACCGACGACCUGACUGACAAGAUCGACUUCAUCAUCUGUUUAGGAGGCGACGGCACGCUGUUGCACGCGAGCUCGCUGUUCCAGCAAUCAGUGCCACCUGUGAUGGCAUUCCACCUGGGGUCGCUGGGCUUCCUAACGCCAUUCGAGUUCAACAACUUCCAGGAGCAAGUACUCAACGUUUUGGAAGGUCAUGCAGCCCUGACCCUGCGCUCGCGUCUCCAAUGCGUGGUUCUCCGCAAGAGUGAGGAGGACAACAAGAAGAAGCCCACCACGAUCCUGGUGUUAAACGAGGUGGUGGUGGACCGGGGACCCUCGCCCUACCUCUCCAACAUAGACUUGUUCCUGGACGGCAAGCAUAUCACCUCGGUGCAGGGUGAUGGUCUCAUAGUAUCAACUCCUACGGGCAGCACGGCGUACGCGGUCGCGGCGGGCGCGAGCAUGAUCCACCCCGCAGUACCCGCCAUCAUGGUCACGCCCAUCUGCCCGCAUUCUCUCUCCUUCCGCCCCAUCGUAGUGCCCGCCGGCGUCGAGCUCAAGAUAAAACUAAGCCCAGAAACACGUAACCUCGCCAGCGUAUCGUUCGACGGUAGAUCACAAUUGAUCCUCAAACCUGGAGAUAGCUUGUACGUGACAACGUCAGUGUAUCCGGUGCCGUCGAUAUGCGCGCAGGAUCAGAUCUCAGACUGGUUUGACUCUCUCGCGGAGUGCCUGCACUGGAACGUGCGAAAGAAACAGAAACAGGUGGACGAGUUGAGCGACCUGACACUCUCUUCCAGCGACACUCUGGAGGAGAUCGAGAACAACCACCACGACUUAAGGCCAACUGACACGUGACCCGUUGUCUAUGGUCCCUUCGGUAGCCUGAUGUUAUAUAUGCAUUUUCCCAAACAACGAACAGUGUGAAAGCAGCAUUAUAGAACUACCAGUUAGUUCCUUUUUUAGACGCUAGAUCCUAUUGAAUUUUGAUUGUAAAUAAAUAUACUAUAAAUUGGAAGUUUAUUACAUUACAUUGGUUUUGAAUAAUGAAAUUUGCAGUAAACAUAAUAAUAGUUUAAUGGAUUUUGUAUUUUUAUAGAUUCGGUCGUUUAAAUUAUGAAAAUGAUGUUAUUUUAAGUACCUCUCUUCAUUGGUUAAUGGGCUAAGUAUUUUUGUUUAAAUGUCGCACACGAGUGCGGAUGUUUUUGUGAUAGUUUAGGAUGGUAAGUGUUCAAUAUCUAAUUAAAGUUAUAUUUACAUUCCCGUUGACAAUAAAAAUUAAUUUUGUUAUGUCUGUGCUGGAUUCACUUA